ACUUAAGGUAGUAUUGGCUGAGCCGCAGUCAACAAAAAAAUGAGCUUAAAGGAGAGAAGUGUCUGCACAGGGGCCUUCUGCAGUGCGUCGGCAAUCGCAGCCACUAUACUUUGCAGUUGUUAUUAGUGAUAACUGACGGCGAACAACCACCGCCAUGGACGUCAUAGUGGCAGCUCGGAAGUAUAUCACCAAGAUGAUUGACGAAAGCGGGCCAGGCAUGAAGGUGCUGAUGCUUGACAAAGAAACUACGGGCAUCGUGAGUAUCGUGUUCGCCCAGUCGGAGAUGCUUCAGCAGGAGGUAUACCUGUUUGAGCGUCUCGACUCGGACCUCCCGCCGGACGUCAUGCGACACCUCAAGUGCAUCGUGUUCGUCCGGCCGACCCGUGACAACGUGGCCAAACUGGCCAGGGAGCUGCGCAGGCCCCGAUACGGCUACUACUAUGUCUACUUCAGUAACGUGAUUGCCAAGGCCGACGUGAAACAGCUGGCAGAAGCGGACGAGAACGAGCUGGUGCGAGACGUACAGGAGCUGUACGCCGACUAUCUGGCGGUGGGGCCGCACCUGUUCCACCUGGGGAUGCCCAGCUGCAGUCAGGGUCUGGCCUGGACGCAGCCGAGUCUUACGCGCGCCACGCAGGGACUGGCCGCCGUGCUGCUCUCGCUGAAAAAGUGUCCCGUCAUCCGAUACCAAAACUCGUCCGAAAUGGCCAGGAAGCUGGCGGAGAGUAUACGGCUGACCUUCACCAAGGAGGCGACGCUGUUCAGUUUCCGUCGCGCCGAGCCUCCGCCGCUGCUGCUGAUACUGGACCGGCGGGACGACAGCGUCACGCCGCUGCUCAACCAGUGGACGUACCAGGCGAUGGUGCACGAGCUGCUGACCAUCAACAACAACCGCGUCAGCCUGGCCGAGGUGCCCAACGUACCGCCCGAGCUCAAGGAGGUCGUCAUGUCGGCAGAGCACGACGAGUUCUAUGCUCAGAAUUUGUUCUCAAACUUUGGCGAGAUCGGACAGACGAUUAAAAGUCUGAUGGACGAAUACCAGAAGAAGCUGCAGAGCCAGAAAAAGGUGGAGAGCAUUGCCGACAUGAAGCAGUUCGUCGAAAUGUAUCCACAGUUUAAGAAAAUGUCCGGGACGGUGGCCAAGCAUGUGACGGUGGUGGGCGAGCUGUCCCGCCUGGUGGACCGGCACGCCUUGCUCGAGUGCUCCGAGACUGAACAGGAGCUGGCCUGCCACGACGAACACCAACAGAGCCUGCAGCGGAUCUACCGGCUGCUCAACUCUGAGAAGACUCGUGAGCUGGACGCCGUGAGACUGGUGAUGCUGUACGCGCUGCGGUACGAGACGCACUCCAACAACGACAUCAACCGGCUGGUGGACACGCUGAGGCGCCGAGGGGUGGACGACAAAUAUACCAAGCUGGUGUACCCGAUGCUGGACUACGGCGGCGCUCGGGCCCGCGGCAGUGACCUCUUCGGGGACGACGACCCCGUGGCCGUCACCAAGCGCUUCUUCAAGGGUGUGAAGGGCGUCGACAACAUCUACACGCAGCACAAGCCGCUGCUGUCGCGUCUGCUGGACGACCUGCUGAAGGGCCGGCUGAGGGAGACUGCCUACCCCUACCACAGCAGCAGCUACAGCCAGCCGCUCAGGCCGGUCGAGGUCAUCGUGUUUAUGAUCGGCGGCGUCACCUACGAGGAAUCGCUGGCCGUGCACCAGGUCAACAGCACCGUGCCGGGAGUGCGGGUCCUCCUGGGCGGCACGUGCCUCCACAACAGUCGCUCCUUCCUCGACGAGGUACUGACGGCCACGCAGGCGGCGCACGCACUACAGGCACGCGCCACGCGCAGCUGAGAGACGACGGUACGGGCAAAACGGGACCGAACCGCGCGCGAGUGAGUGAUAACUUAAUGGGAAGAUGGAGAUUAGUCGAUUUGUGUUUCCAGAAAAUCGUAUCUCGCAUGUGUUUUACGAUAGUCAUGUUGUAUGUGAUUAUAUCAACGUUCGUAAUAUUGUAUUGUACUUGGUUUGUUGUAAGGACUACGUUUCCAUGACGGUUUUGCGUUCUGGAAGUCAUCAUAUGCAUUGACAUGUGGGGUGAGUUUACGUACGAGAGGCUCGAGCUUCGUAUGUCUUUUUCUUGAGCUGACACCAUGUGUGCGUUCAGUUGUUUUGUUAAGGCGAGAGCAGCUCGUCAUGUCUGGGAGUUAACAUGAUGUUCCGUUGAGCUGAAAGCUUCGCUGUGUGGAAGGACGCUUUAUAUGUAUUCGCAGAAACCUGUUUUGCAUUUGUUGUAUUGGUGAUGUUUAUGAUAUAAACUUUAUCUGACGUUU